CCCGACGCCGGCCGCCCGCGGGCGGGCUGGGCUGAGCCGGGCUGGGGGCUGCGCCCGCCUGGCAGUCAGGGCCGAAACCGCGCUCCUGGGGGCGCCCGCCGGGGGGGCGUAGGCGCACCCGCAGCCCCGGUGCGCACGCCCGCGGCUGGACAGUAGGGCUUGGCACUCCCUCGCCGAGCGCAGCCCAGCCUCGGAUCCGUCCCUUUUGGUCCUGUGAGUGACCCCGUUAUCCGCCUCUGGGGCCUAACACCAAGUUGGAGGGCUCGCGGAUCAGCCACCCACCAGCCGUGGAAAUGUGAUAAGAGUAGAACCGUUCGCAGAAGGAAAUUUCUGAUGCAACUCUCCGUCUUUGCUGAUUGCCUCUGCAAACGCCUGCUUGGCGACAGCCCUGGAACAUGUGCAUUAUGGAAAUGAGGGUAUUCUCUACUUUUUAUUGUGUUCGUCUGUUUUGGGGAUUGGAAGAAACUCAAACUUUUUGUCGCUUGCUUUGACCGGAACGUUGGUGAUGUCCGGGAGCCACAGGUGUCCUGGAUCUUGCUGAUGCAUUCCAAAGAAUGCUUUCUUGGAAACGUUGUACCCAGUUUCAUUCAAGAGAUGCACAGAAAAGACCAAAACAAGUAGCGCUCCUUUGGAGUUGCCCACAAUGCUGAGCUGGAGGAGGGCCCUGUGGGGAGUGGCCACCCCGUGACCAAGAACAGCAGCUGGCUCUCACCUGGGUCCUUGGGUCAAGCCUGCGUGUGCCAGACAGCUGGAGCGAGCGCCUGACAGCACCUGCGCAGGACCCACUGGAUGAGCCGGUGGCCUGGGAGACAGCAGGACCGUGGACCUGGUGCCUUGGUUUCCUCCCUGUGCACUCUGACAGCACUCAGGAUGGGCCACUUCAGGUGCUGCAGCGAAGUAAAUGUAAUUUGAAGAAAGCAAGAAGGAACCAAUGGCUUUAGCUGGCUGCCCAGAUUCCUUUUUGCACCAUCCGUACUACCAGGACCAGGUGGAGCAGACCUCCCCUCACAGUGCCCAGGAUCUGGCAGGACCUGGCUUCCCAGCACAGUCUGAUCAGCUCGCCAGUCACCAAGAGGAUGACGUGGACCUGGAGGCCCUGGUGAGCGACAUGAACGCAUCCUUGGAGAGUCCGUACUCGGCCUGUAGCAUGCAGUCAGAGACGGCACCCCUCCUCCAGAACGGCCCGCACGCCCGCAGCCAGCCGCCAUCCUCAGGAACAAGGUCCCUGAAGCCGCAGGUGUCCCCGAAGCAGAAGGUGCAGCGUUCUCAGCCUAUGCACAUCCUCGCCGUCAGGUGUUUGCUGAACAAAGAUGACAGGGUGUUUGGAGAAAAUGCCUGGCGCCUGCAGGAAGAAGACCAGCAGUUUAGAACCUCUUCUCUGCCGGCCAUCCCCAACCCUUUCCCUGAGCUCUGUGGCCCGGGGAGCCCCCCUGUGCUCACACGGAGCUCCUUAUCUCCAAGCCAGGCUGCUGCGAAGCAGGAUGUUAAAGUCUUCAGUGAAGACGGGACAAGCAAAGUGGUGGAGAUUCUCACAGACAUGACUGCCAGGGACCUGUGCCAGUUGCUGGUUUACAGAAGUCAUUGCGUGGAUGACAACAGCUGGUCGCUGGUGGAGCACCAUCCACACCUGGGAUUAGAACGGUGCUUGGAAGACCAUGAGCUGGUGGUCCAGGUGGAGAGUACCAUGGCAAGUGAAAGUAAAUUUUUGUUCAGGAAGAAUUAUGCAAAAUAUGAGUUUUUCAAAAACCCUACGAACUUCUUCCCAGAACAGAUGGUCACUUGGUGCCAACAGUCAAACGGUGGUCAAGCUCAGCUUUUGCAGAAUUUUCUAAACUCCAGUAGUUAUCCUGAAAUUCAAGGGUUUUUGCACGUGAAAGAGCUGGGAAGGAAAUCAUGGAAAAAACUGUACGUGUGUUUGCGGAGAUCAGGCCUUUACUGUUCCACGAAGGGAGCCUCAAAGGAGCCCCGACACUUGCAGUUGCUGGCUGACCUGGAAGACAGCAGCAUCUUCUCCCUGAUCACUGGCAAGAAGCAGUACAGCGCCCCCACAGACUUCGGCUUCUGCAUCAAGCCAAACAAAGUCAGGAACGAGACGAAAGAGCUGCGGCUGCUGUGUGCAGAAGACGAGCAAGGCCGGGCAUGCUGGCUGACCGCACUCAGGCUCCUCAAGUAUGGAAUGCUCCUUUACCAGAACUACAGAAUCCCCCAGCAAAGGAAAGCCUUGCUCCCCCACUUCUCAACUCCAGUGCGCAGCGUCUCCGAGAACUCCCUGGUGGCAAUGGAUUUUUCUGGACAGACAGGAAGAGUGAUCGAGAAUCCGGCUGAGGCCCGGAGUGCUGCGCUGGAGGAGGGCCAUGCCUGGAGGAAGCGCAGCACGCGGAUGAAUGUCCUAGGUAGCCAAAGUCCCCUGCACCCUUCUACCUUAAGCACAGUGAUUCAUAGGACUCAGCACUGGUUUCAUGGCAGGAUCUCCCGGGAGGAGUCGCACAGGAUCAUUAAGCAGCAAGGCCUGGUGGAUGGGCUUUUCCUCCUCCGUGACAGCCAGAGUAAUCCAAAGGCAUUUGUACUCACACUGUGUCAUCAUCAAAAAAUUAAAAAUUUCCAAAUCUUACCUUGCGAGGAUGAUGGACAGAUGUUCUUCAGCCUUGACGACGGGAACACCAAAUUCUCUGACCUGAUCCAGCUUGUUGACUUUUACCAGCUGAACAAAGGAGCCCUGCCUUGCAAACUCAAGCACCACUGCAUCCGAGUGGCCUUAUGACCUCAGACGUCCCCGUGGCUGAAGACUGGAGGACGCAGACACUGGAAUGAAGAGGGCUGUGCAUGGUUUGGAACAUGCAGCUAUACUGCCCCUUGGGACUCAGAGCAGGAUCGAUUCAGUUCGGUUGGUUCCCGCCGACCAGGAUUGACUAGUUUGUUGGACUUACCGGGAUCUGCUGCUGUGGAUCCAGCAGGCCCACCUCCCUCUGCCCCAGCCAGAGCAGGGAGGGCACGGAAGAGCACGCAAACUGGAGAAUAAACUGGAAUGAUCGUCUUGGCUGGGCCACGUAGGGAUGAGAACCGGAGAGAAUCAAUUGAAAAUGAACUCUUGCCCUGGAAUAAUCUUGACAAUUAAAACUGAUACGUUUACUUUUUGUAUUGAUCACUUUUUUGCACUCCUUGUUUUCAUUAUUGUAUUUGGCCUAUGGUAGAAGGGGACGUGGCUUUCCUGUGCAUAUGAGAUGCAAAGACAGGUUUGAACAGGCAGACUUCAGAGACUGAAUGUGGGUCCCCAAAUGUCCCCAGGGGUGCUCCUCACCUUCAGGUUACCAUAGGUGGCUUCAGCUCCCAAAUAACCAGCCACCCCCAGCCCUUCCCAGUUUACUUGAAGAGCUUUUUUUCAAUCCAAGGUUGCCUGCGGUAGGCCUUUGGCAUGUUUUGUGGACCAGCCAGGCCACCUCAGCUUGUCAGUCACCUCUGUGCACAGAUGUCCCAGACCCCAGACUAGGGUGCUCUUCCGCCCUCAUGGCUCAGGAGACCUGCACUCUUUGGAAAACUCCGUUCCACAACUCAGCAGUGCGGAGCGGCCCUACCACUAGUCUGACGCAGGCCAGCCUUUUGAGACAUGCCUGGAAACCCAUUAUCUGCCAGCAGCAGAUGCCAUACCAUGGAGUGCCUUCAGCCUGUUCUAGAAAGAUCACUGCCUCCCCACUGUGGUGGUUUGAGUCCUUUCGUGGCUGUUCUCCCUCCGGGGGUUACAGAAUCUGAAGGGAAAUGUCACCUGGCUGGCUUCCUACCGUAGUCCUGGUUUUCCAUAGUGAUAAAGACGGAAACGUUGCAAGGGGCUCAUCCACAGCCCUGCAUUUAAAGGUCUUUCCUUGACCUCAUCCUGCUGAAACCCCCAUAAGCCAGACACAUGAGGCAGCUAGAGCCCCGUCCGCCAGCUUACAGUCAGAGGCCCCUCACAGUGGUGUGUGCAUCGGUCGGCCCAGGGCUUGAGUUGUCUUCCCAGCUCCCUCUGCCCUGCUCGCUGGCUGAGUCUCAGGGGUGAGAGUAGCCGUAUCUUUACAUUUGUUCUCUGCAGGUAGAAAGGGCUCUCAUGACCAGCGUAAAGACUCCUGUGCUGAGAAGCGAUUUCCUUUGCUGAGGUCACAGCCGCACACGUGACUGGCGCCCCUGAACAUGUGCCAUGCAUUGCCUCAGCUCAGACCUACCACAGGGCUCCACGGUUUAGCACAGACCCCACGCGGGCCUCAGUGAUGCCUAUCCGCUGUAAUGACAUUUAGGGUAUAGAAACACUGUGUUUUAGUUUACAGGCCAUAUUCUAGUUGUUUUCCAUGAAAUGUCUUCUUAAUACAAAUGAAGAAUUUAUAGUAAAACAUUUUUUAACCAUAAAUGCUCAAUUAUGUCAUCUUCCUUUUGUAGCCAUUCUUUCAAACCACAAACAAUUAGGUAAUUCCCAAGGCCUCCUUAGCAGCUUCCACUCAACUUCACUUUAGCGGCUGAUUCUUACACUGCUACACCUUGUUUCUUUUCACUAGUUGGGAGUAAAAACCUGAGAAAACAAUCUAGGAUUUCUUUGCUCUGUUUACAUAACCAGUUUCCCCCCAAGAGACAGCAAUUGUCUGCAGUAUUUCAUUUUUAUAAGCAGAUGUUUUAUUUAAAAGGAGAACAAAAGCUUGACUGACUCACAGUUUUGUAUGUAGCUGGUCUGACUAGUGUUUUGUACCUUCCGGCCACCUUUGGCAAGUGUAAACUCCCCACAGCCCCUGCCUCGCCUGCCCGGGGCUGGGGCUCCACCUGACUGCCACAGGCCCUUGGGGCAGGAGGGCGCUGGGUCUGGCCCCGCCAACCAGGGGUGGGCAGAGGGUCCACGUCUAUUUUUGUAUUUGAGUGACAUGAAUGUAAACGGGCAGCUCAGGGUCGAUUUGGAGCCUGUUGACUUCUCUCUCCCUGUGAUUUUCUUUUCUAAAAUGAAAACAUGUAGCAGCCUGGCCUAGGUUGAGAAGGAAAACGGCAGGUGCUUUGGGUGUUUGAGUUAGCAGGUGAGCUCUGAGUUACAGAAUGGUUUUUUGUUUGCUAAACCCUGAAGAAAUAUGUGCCUCAGUCCAGUUGUUCUGUCUUCUCUUUUCUGCAAUUAAUACAUGAUGGUUUGACCACUGGGCACACCUUCCAGGGGUGGGACUUUCUGGCGGUAGGUGAUGUCGCAGUGCAACCUGCAGUGACCGUGACAUGGCCUGAUGUGUAAAUGUUUUCAGGGAAUGCAGAAGGUAUUAAAUCAGGAGACAAAACCUUGAUUCCAUGUGCUUUGCUCUCUUCUGUAUAUAGCUCUUUGGCUCGUGAGCCUAAUUGUAAACUUUCAGGUAUUUUUGUACAAAUAAGGGACUGAUGUUCUGGUUCUUGUAAUUAGAAAUAAAGAUUAAUACAGUGUUCUUCA